AUGGACCCGAGGCUGUCUGCGGCUGAGUGCAAAAAACAACUUCUGCUUAGCAACCUUACAUCAGAUGCAUCUUUAAUUCGGAAUUACUGCUGCUUACGGAACCCAGAGAGUAAGUAUAACUAGUGUUAUAUGCUAAUAGUUUGAAAUGAGUUUUGUGAGGAGGAAAUGAAUAUUUGUGUUUUUUAGCUGCAUCUUUAUAUUAUUUUAAACAUUUUAUAGAGGGCAGACAUGUUCUGGUGUGCUGUACAAUGGGUUAAAAGACCAAACAAGUAAAUUGUAACAAACAAAUUACAAAACAAGAGGCAGCGAGGGUCCUGAUCAAAUCGGUUAACAUUUAACUGUCUCUUCUCUGUUUGAUGUUUAUAUUUUAACAUUAAUCUUGUUUGUGAAUUAGCCCUAUCCAAGAUGCAUAAAGAAUUUGACCUGGACGGCUGUUUAUCAGCAGAUACUAUGCUGGAUUACUACACUUUACUAUAAUAUAUAUAAUAUGCUUUCCUCUGUAGUUGUUUAUGGGUAUUUCUUCUGUGUGUUGCAGAACACUCCAAGCACUAUAACCACUACAGCACGCUGUAGUGAUCUUGGUGCCUUCCCAUAGUAAGUUGUCAAACUAUUUAAGAACAAUAAAUAGAGGUAUUCCCUAGAUAGAAAAUCCAAAUAGGGAGUACAGAGAGAAACGGGUUAUAAGGGUGGUAAUACGGGCAUAACCCUGCAUAAAGCACGAAAUAUACAAAAAAAUGAAGGGAAAAACAGCCCCGUGACAAAUCAGGCUGUUCUCCUUCAAACCACCCAAAACAAAUCAACGUCUAAGGAAAAUAAAUAAAUUUUAUUAAGAAUAAAAUCAGACAACCUAAGGACUCGUGUAUAAGACAGUAAGCUACAAGGUUAUAAUGGAAACAGCAUGUAUCAGUCACUGUUAUAUGUAGCAGAAUAAACUCAGACAGGAUUAAAGCUACACAUGAUACUUAGAUACAUAUUGAACCUAACAAAAGGGAUAACCUUGUAUAUAGAUGGUAAAACAAAUGGGGAGGACCAUAUAAGUAAAGGGAAGGUUCAGGUAAACUCCAGAGCUGAAAAAAUCAGUCUCAUAAUAACCCCAUAUUAUAAUGAAUGGUCACCCCAACGUGUUUAAACACUCACUAUACUGUUAUUAGGAGUUCACUAAAGGUAGAGGUAUAUUCAAACAAAAAUGAAUAAAAUUAAAUCACAUAACCUAAGGACUCAUAAAGAUAACACAGUACUAUCUAUAAACUGCAAGGUCCUAAUAAGAUGAAAAGUAAUCGGAACACUAUUCCAUAUAGUAGUCUAAACUCAAGAAGAGUUAGUGCUAAGUAGAUAGACCCUGCAGAAAGACAGAAAGUGCAAAUUAGUAGACUUGCAUUGGAAAUCGAAAGGAUAGGGAAGAUAUUAUAAAUGAAGAGAGAAAACACUGUACCUUGCUCUUGAGAAAGGCGGUUUACCCGCCGAAACGCGCGUCGGGCUUGUUUCUCCGACAUUGUUAUACCUUUAGUGUUACUCUUCUAGAUUAAUGUUUUAGUGACUUUGGGGUCGAUCGGGUCUAUACGCUGGGAUGAUUAUUUGAUAGGGAGACAUUGCAAGAUGGAUCUAUCAAGUUCUAUCUGUCUUUUUUAGACCAACUUUAUAUUUAUAUUUAUAUCCAUCUCUAUUUUUUCUCUCUUCAUUUAUAAUAUCUUCCCUAUCCUUUCGAUUUCCAAUGCAAGUCUACUAAUUUGCACUUUCUGUCUUUCUGCAGGGUCUAUCUACUUAGCACUAACUCUUCUUGAGUUUAGACUACUAUAUGGAAUAGUGUUCCGAUUACUUUUCAUCUUAUUAGGACCUUGCAGUUUAUAGAUAGUACUGUGUUAUCUUUAUGAGUCCUUAGGUUAUGUGAUUUAAUUUUAUUCAUUUUUGUUUGAAUAUACCUCUACCUUUAGUGAACUCCUAAUAACAGUAUAGUGAGUGUUUAAACACGUUGGGGUGACCAUUCAUUAUAAUAUGGGGUUAUUAUGAGACUGAUUUUUUCAGCUCUGGAGUUUACCUGAACCUUCCCUUUACUUAUAUGGUCCUCCCCAUUUGUUUUACCAUCUAUAUACAAGGUUAUCCCUUUUGUUAGGUUCAAUAUGUAUCUAAGUAUCAUGUGUAGCUUUAAUCCUGUCUGAGUUUAUUCUGCUACAUAUAACAGUGACUGAUACAUGCUGUUUCCAUUAUAACCUUGUAGCUUACUGUCUUAUACACGAGUCCUUAGGUUGUCUGAUUUUAUUCUUAAUAAAAUUUAUUUAUUUUCCUUAGACGUUGAUUUGUUUUGGGUGGUUUGAAGGAGAACAGCCUGAUUUGUCACGGGGCUGUUUUUCCCUUCAUUUUUUUGUAUAUUUAAGAACAAUAUUUACAUGUCCCGGGACACCUGUAGACACGCUGCCUGCUAACGGAUUCUGCUGCAGUGUUCUCAGCCAAUGUGAGUGCAGUGCUGGAUCAAACCGUGCUUUGCUCAUGGGAGACAUCCGGUUAUUUCGGCUGUUAACGUGGUUCUGUUAACUCAAACUUACCUUUCUCCUAUUGUUUCCUCUUCUCUUUUUCUUUCAGAAUAUGUUCUUCUUCUUUUCAUUUCUGAUCUAUUUCUCUUUAAAACAUAAGAUAAAGUAGGAACUAAUUUGUCUUGUGUAUUUUUGCUACGUUUGACAAUUGUGACAAAAGGUAGAGCUUAAGGCAAGCACCACUUCCUGUGUCAUGCUAGCAAAGGGUGAAGCUUGCCUUAAGACUCGUCCUUUGUGAAGAUUUCCAAGUGUAGCAAAAACUCAUCACACAAUGUAGUCCCUACUUUGUCUUAUGUUUUAAAGAGAAAUGUAGAUGAUAAAUGAAGAAAAGACAAACAGAUUCAGAAAGAGUAAGAAAUGAGGAAACAAUGGGAGAAAGGUCAGUUUGAGCUGACAGAGCCACAUUAAGGCCUGACCCCAGGGGACCCAGGUACAUCGUUAAACUAUUCUUAAAUGGUUUGAAACAUUUCUCUGGGAGAAUACCCAAGCGACCCUUGCACCAUAACCACUACAAUCUGCUGUAAUGGUUAUGGCUCUCUGAGUGUUCCUUCAAGCUUUUAGGAGAGGUCUUCUUCUGCCAUUUGGCUGAGCUUUGACAUACUGCCAGUAUGUGUAGUUCCCACAGGCAUUGUGAAUUCUGCCACUAGUUUCUUUGAAUUCCUCUCUGUAUCUUUGUAGAUCUCGUUCUAGAGGUGUGUGGGGACAUUGUUGCAGGAGCUAACCUGACCAUUAAUAAUGCUGUAUCGGUACCCAGUGAAGACGAAACUGCGGAAACAAAUGAAGAAAGUGAAUCUGACGUUAUACAAGACAUUGAUGAGUUUCUGUGAGUAUAAACAUGUUUUAAGCUACUUGCAGAUAGUUUUGUAGUACCUUGUGUUCCUUGUACAUGCACCAUGACAUUAUAACAGCUCAACAAGGCUGGCUGGAACAAUUCAUGUCUUGGUACAAAAUCAGAAAUAGAUACCUGGCAACACAUAAAUUAGUGCUCAAGCGUGGCAACCUUCACCGAAAGCCCAUGUGUUAUAAGUGGGAUGUGUUUUUGGAGUCUGCUGUGGUAAAGUAUCGAAGCUAGGCUGCAUUCAUUCCCAGGACAAUGAGAGUAUACAUUGUGAGGGCCCUUCAUGCCUCUCUGGCCCCUGCAACUACUGCUAUUGCCAACCAAUCAGCUGGCUUCCUAAAGCUGUAAAAAGGUCCAAUUGGAGCCAUUGUAAAGCAGACAAUGAUUGACAGGUGGCAAUUUGUUUAGAUGGUUGUCCUGUUAGGAAUUUGCUUUCCCAAAAAUGCCAGCAUACUGCUUAUUCAUAACGUAGCACUGUAUUAUAAUACCACUCUGGGUCUGUUAGUGAUAUUUUAUGCAAUACUCGUUCUGUAGCUGUACGUCAUUUAUUCAGGAUCAGUGCUAACAUCCUAUCAUUGAUCUCAGUUUAAUUUCUCCUAAUGCCCACACCCAGGCAAGAUCACUCCCUCUGCAGCCAUCAUUUGUUUCUUCCUAGAAAUCAAAUCAUUAUUCCUCACUCUAUACAAAUCAUGUCCUUUCCCCUCAUACUCUUCUCACAAAUUGCCCCUUCCCUCUUGUUCCUACCAAUCCUCUUUCGAUCUCUCCUAUUCUCCUUACAAAUCGUGUCUCCGUCUCUCUAUACAUCUCUUUGUUCUGGCAGGGUAGUCUGUUAAGGUAAAGGAGCAGUUAUCGAGUUAAAGAAGAGUUCUUCAAACCCCAUGGUGGACCUUGGCAAGUGAAGUUUUCAUGUCUCAUGUUUCAUAUGUCUCAUGAAGUCUAAUUACUCCGAAGUUUGAAUCAAAGGACAUAAUGUAUAUCUUCACAACAUUUAGUUUUUAACCAAAUCCCCAAACUAACCCCCAUUUCUAUUAUUUUAUAUAGAUACUCACUUUUAUAUAUUCAUGGUAGCAACUUCCAUCUAUAUGAACUCCUUAAAGGGAUAAUAUCGUCACCAGAAAAACUACAGCUUAAUGUAGUUGUUAUGGUGUCUACUGCCUGUCCCUGCAGGCUUUUUAAUGUAAACACUGCCUUAUCAGAGAAAAGGCAGUGUUUACAUUACUGCCUAGUAACACCUCUAGUAGCCUUCACUCAGACGGCUACUAGAGGUGCUUCUUGUGUCAGUGCAGCACUGACAUCCAGCAUCUCCAACCCCUGCAUGGAGGUGCUGAACAUUCCUCAUAGAGAUGCAUUAACUCCAUGUAUCUCUAUGAGGAGAUGCUGAUUAGUGCUUGGCAGCAUUUUGCCACACAUGCCUGAAAGCCUCCAAUGCUUUUGUAUGGGAAAGCAUUGAAUUUGCUUAGAUCAUCAGGUUUGAUGAUCUCAGCCAAGGGAGGCGUAGCGUAGUCGGACCUGCGCAGCGCUGGAAUAAAGGUAUAUAACGUGUUUUUAGACGUUUCUAAUGUUCCUUUAAACCGUGUGUGCCUUAAUGUCCAAUAAAGUUAUAUAAAGUAACCUGAACUGAAUGUAAUAUUGUAAUUAUAAAAUGGUCUUUGUUUUUCUACAGAGACUCACAUGCCCGAGCUCAUAGAAAAGUAGAUGCCAUGUACUCAGACAUCAGAUAUGCAUGGCAGCACACAAUGCAUGAUCCAGAAGAACAGAACAUUUUCACAUCUCAGGAUCCUGUGAAUGAUCUACAAAAUCUUUAUCGGUCAGUAAAGCCUAUGUGGUUAUCAGUUCAAUCGAAGAGACUUUAUCAGACAACUCCAUUUUAAACCGGACAUAAAACAUAACUUGUAUUCCUGCAAUUAUUGAAGCUAAUAAAGAUUUUUAUUAACAAUAAAAUAAAGGUGGAAUUCAUUGGAGGGGGGACUGGUAUAUGACCUCCUAUCUUUAUCCAUUUCUGGCCCCUACUUGGCAUUUCGUGGCCUGGCAAUUGGUACAUACCCUGCCCGCCCAAUCCUCUCUGACUGUUAUUCAGUCCUCUGGACCUCAACCUAAUAUGAUCUGAGAAUGUUCUCCACCAGAGGAUUACCCUGCCCCCACAACCCACAGCAUGGAUGAAAGGCUAGGAGCCACUUAUAACCAGACCUGGUGUGUCUCCCCUCCAGUGGUCCACAUAAGGGAUGGAGGAGGAGAAGCUGUACAAUGGACCUCCUCUGAUUAAUAAUGGAGUCCAAUGGACCUCAAUCAUCUUUUUCUUAUCACAUGGUAGAUCUGACAGACCUUAACAUGUAUUAGUUUAAAUCGAUUUUCUACCCUUUAAAUGCCACAGAGGAGAGCAGCACAUUGCACCGCUUUCUGCUGCAAUACUAGAAGGUGUAAUUGUACAGGUGUUACUCGUAUAGUCAGACAAUGCACUUGGACUCACCAGGGGUAGAAUUUACACAAAGUGAAACAGCAAAGCCAUUUAGCUAACAGCAGAUUGUGUUGUGGUUACUAUCGUUUAUAAUAGAGAAAUUUCUCAAGGAGGAAACUUUUACUAUUUGGCAUUGGGGGAAAGUUACACCAGUUAGCAAAUAGCGUAUUUGCGAUAACUUUGCAGGAUACCAUAUUUUAUGUGAAUCUCUAUUGAAUCUGUUUUUUUAAAGAUUAUUUUAGAAAUAAUGUUAAAAAAUAAACAUGCCACUUCAAUUUAAAAUCAGACACAUAUAUUAUUUUUAAUUAAACAAAUUGUAAUGCUUUCCUAUUUUAUUAUGCUUAGGUCCAGUCGAAAAGUCAUUAAAGUGCCACAGAUCCAUCGCCAGCAGUUUGAGUUCCUUGACGGACAGAUCAUUAACUCUGCUUUUCCUGGCCUGGUUUUAGGAGUGGAUGACUCUGAGGUACAUGCAGGAGUUCAUGUGCAAUUGAUUGAUCGGAGACUAGAUGAUAUGAAUCAGCACUGGAAAUACUUGGAGGAAAGCAGGUACAUGUCAUAUGUAAAAUAGCAAACUUACUAAUCGCGCUCAGCUGGCACUAUAGUCCACAUAGAAAUGUAUUGAAAAGUUAUGGUUUAUUGCAAAACAUAUAAAAAGCAAGGCAAGAAAAGGGCAAAAUAUGUGUGGACUAAAUGAUAUACAACAUAAUCAGUCCAUAAGAGGAAAUGGAAGAAGAAAAAAGGCGACUGGAAUUUUUUUAAUCUGCACUGAUGCUUUCUCAACAAAAAAAACAAACGCCAAGCACUGUGUCUAAAAACAAGAAAACGAAGAGAACAUCCUCCUAAGUUGAAAUCUGACACAUAUCAAACCCCACUGACACAUUUUAUAGACUGUGAAUACAGGUCAAUCUAUGGCCAGUUCAGUUUGAUUAUAAUGCUUUCUCUGCUCGAUGGCCUAGCUUGAGACCCAUAUGGGAUAUAUCCUCUCUUUUGAAGGCACCAGGGUGCAUCUCAGGUAAGUGCCAGAUACUGUCCUCCCUAUGUCAUCCUAUAGUGUAAAGGAGUGACUCUGGAGGUAGUUCCCCACUUUCCCCAGUCUCUUUUUGAACAGUUUUAUGAGGAUGGAGCCUCUUUAAGAGAGGUUCCUGCAGUAGUGUCAGUUAUGCAAAUCUGAGGUCUUCAUGGGAGGGACACAGUGUGGUUCACCGCUCAUUUUAGUGGUUUUAAAAGAAAACCAACUUUAACCAAGCUCAUUCAGACCCAGAGAGCCAUUCUAAACCUUCCGGGAGUGGUAAAGCUUGUGAGACUCAUUACUGCUGCUCCUGCUCUCUCUUCAGUGGACGCCAACCAGCUAUGAAGAGUUUUCUCCUGGUUUCCUCCAGCUCUACAUCCUCUGUACAAAUAAGCAUUUAGCAGGUUCACCUUUGUCCCUAAUGGAAGGUGGGGAGAAAUCCAUACCUAUGGAAUCCUAGUUUAAACUGUCUGGCUCCAGUCUCCUUUACUCCUGUUUGCUGUGAGGGUUAAUAUCUGUUCUUUGUUUGCAGGUGUACUAACCACUUGAAUUCCCUUCAGGGUCUAGUGCUUCUAUGUCAAGCCCUUUGGUUGUUUCCUUUGUAAAUUUGUCUGAUCCCUCUGUGGAGUUUGGUGCUGCUUCUAGCCACAGGGACAACCCUUCCUGACUUUCUAGGCCUAUGUUUAAGCUGUGAUGGCUGGCUUGUUUAACACUAUGCCUCAUGUGCCAGAUUCUUACAGCUGAUUCCUGCUAAGCAUGCUAGUAUUGUGCAUAGUGCCCUUAUUUGACUCUCAUUUGUCAAGGGGAAUGCUGCAUAUUGCCUACUUAGCUUUGGGCAUGACUACUUUUCAAAGUCUGAUGCCAGUUCAAUCUGUUUCCUCAUGCCUUUCAGGAUCCUUAUAGAGAAGUAUGUGACUUACUCCUUUAAGAUCAAGCAUGUGUGUUUUCUCCUCUCGAAGAUGCUGUGCGCACUCUUAAGGUGAUGCAGAGAUUCCUAUGUGCUUGAUCAACUGCAUUUGGGGCACCCCAACGUUUUCAUACCCUAAGGCUGUUAUGGCCUUGGUGAAAACUAUUAGGGCAACACAGGGACUGCCUUUGUUCGUUUCUUUACAUUUGCUAAGAUGUUUUCUCUCACUGAUAGAAUGCUGACCAUUAGGUACACUGUCCCUAAACUAGAUACCCAAAAAGACUACUAUUUCUUUGGAGGACAGUAUGCCAUUUGCGCACCCCAUGGACUAAUAAUUUGAAGGGUUCCUUAGAUACUCCUUUUAGGUAUUGGGUGCGCUUUUCCUUCUUGCCAUCAGUAUGAUCGCUCUCUGCAGAUGCCUUUGAUGGUGUUCACUUUCUAAAGCUGGCAAACAAAUUCCUAUACAACUCCUUGGCUGCGGUUGUUUAUUUAACAUCCAGUUGCCAGCGUUGAGUGUAGCUCCUAGAUGGGCUUCAUGACUCAAGUCCUAGUCACCUAUCUUUGGCCCAGGUCGCAGCUUUUGACAUUGCCCUUUAAGUCUUUUUUUGGUGCUGGUCUGGACACCAUCAUGUCCAUUAUUGCUGGCAGUAAGAGUGCCUUGAUUCAAAAGGGUAAGAAGGCUUCAUUCCAGGGUCUUCUUCAUGUUGCUUUAGUUCCUUUUGGUGCUUUGUUCUCUUCUAAUUCUUCUGCUUACUCAGAGUCCUCUGAAACAUCUUACACCUCUGGAAACAAGGUUUUUCCUCUUAGAAGAAAGCGAGACAGAACAAUACAUUUGCUGCUCCUACAAAGUUUGCAUUAAUGUGACCACAUUCACGGCCUGAGUUGCUAAGAGGCAUCUGCAAUUCUUCAGGGACACCUGAACCCAAUCCAUGUCAGACCCAUGCAUCUUGUGUGUGGUUUCUUCAGCCUGGCUUUAAGCACUGCCUUCCUACGGAUAUGUUCCUGCUAUCUUAUCCUUUCUCUGAUCCUUUCAAGGGUCAUGCCUUUCUGGACUGCAUGGCUUAGACAGAAACAUAUGCAAAGCAAUAAAACUGCUGCACUCAGUAGUUGAAGUGUAGAGUGGAUUUUUUCAGCCAUCCAAAAUAAUAGGUAACAUAUCGACACAAUGUGUGUCUUGAAAAAGACAGACAUGUCGAAACAUUGCCUUUUAUUUUGUAGUACAGGUACCAAAACAUGGAGUUUGAAUAGUGCAUGUCCUAUACACUCACUUUAGUAAGGAAUAUAGUCACUUCUCCCAUUCCAGUUCCCAAACAGGGUCUGGUGUUCUACUUGAAAUUGUUUGUGAUCAUGAUCAUUACAGCCUAUCCUAGACCUCCAGUCCCUUAACCUGCUCCUUUAAAAUCUCACUUUCAAGAUGGAGACCAUGUGAUCUGUUUUGCUAUUAGUGCUAAAUGUUUAGUUCAUGGCAACUAUGGCUCUAAAGUAUGCCUACCUUCAUAUUGUGACCAAUCCAAAUGAUCAGCGUUUCCUGUGGUUUACUUUUCAGGACAAGCAAUACAAGUUUGCUUUCUUGUCCUUUGAACUUGCCACAGCUCCUAGGGUGUUGAUAAAGGUUCUUGAUAUCUGUAUAGUUCAAGCACAACCUUGAGUAUCAUCGUUGCUCCAUACCUGGACUACAUCCAUGUACAGGUGGCCUGUUACAACCUGGUGGUAUGGCAUACCCACGUCUUACUCUCCAUGAUGGUCAAAAGAGCACCCUGGUACCUUUUUCAUAAGUUCUAUUUCUGGGAUUGAUUUUGGACUCCCUGGAAAUUAAGCUUUUCCUUCCAGAGGGUCAGCAGGAGAAGCUUUGCUGCGCUUGAGCCUCUCUUUUCUGUGAAGGAUUGAAUAGAGGUUCUGGGCCUUGAAGUGGUACCCUUGGAUGUGGUUCCAUUUCUGAGGUCCCACUUGCCCCCUUUUUAGGAGGUCUAUCUCUACCGGUGGGAUGGGUAUUCUAAAGAUCUCUCACAGUUGUUAUGGCUGGAUCUGACAAUGCAACACUGCUGGAUAUUAAUGAUCCAAGGACAUUUCUUGUAGUCUCCUGGUCAUUUUUUACAGCAGAUGGCAUCCUGACUAAUGUAUGGGCUAUCUUGGAGUUACAAAGGGCCAAGGGAACUUUUGAAAGGGGAAUGUGUAUAUUUGUCUAAAAUCUAAAUGUAACUGUUUCCUAAUUAGAGGGAUACCCUAAGCACUAUAAUCACUUCAUUUCAAUGAUGUGGUUAUAGUGCCUGAAAUCCCCUGUUGCCACCCCUCUGUUCUUUGUUAAACUGUUUGCACUGAUAUUGUUCCUUGGUACAAUAAUAUAAACCAGUUCUCAAGAACCAUUAAUAAUUUUGUAUUUUAGGAAUACCAAUUUGCAAAAAAAAUAAAACAAAGUUCUUGUGAUUUUAUUUGUCUUUGAGAAUGGGUUUAAGUGCAAUACUAUAUCUGUUUUUAAUUUUCUUUUUUAUUAGUAGUAGUAGUAUUUUGGUCUCCACUUAUUAUAUUAAAUGAAUAUAAUUUCUUCCAUCUGUAUAAAACCAUGUUAGAAACAAAAUAUUUGUUAUUGUCUUCCAAUACAUUGCAGCUAUUAUACGCUCUCUGGCGCAGCUAAUGUCAUCUAUGUUUAUCUUGCUGAUACAAAAAAAACGACAAAUUUUGUAUCCUGCUGUUUCCAGAAGAAAAGAGAUUAAAAAAAAUAAUAAAAAAAACGGUAGUGAAAUAACCUUGUUUGUCUCUGCGGUUAGAUACAUUUACGCCCAAUUAAGUAAAUUAUUUAUACAAAUAGGUGUAAUGCAUUUCCUGAAAAUAACCUAUUAAUUUUGAGAGGCAUACACAAGACCCUGCACACAAAAUGUACAGACGCUAUACGUAGCUGUACCAGUUGAUGUGCAAAUUAUUCUGUACUGAUAUAUAUUUAUAUUAACCCUAGUUUUUCUAAGAGCUGACAAUCAUGUCUUGUGAUUAUUUAACAUCUUGCAACCUGAAACCAUGACACCUCUUACAUGUUAAAUGCUUUUGCUGCAUGUAGAAGACUAAGACAGAUAAAUAAUGGAAUAUUUGCUUCGUUGUUGAUUAGGACAUUUCAUUUAUCAAGCUGCUUAGAACUGGUCCUCGCCGUCUCAAUGCCAAAGGUUUAUCCUGGACAAAAACACACAGAAAAAGCAUUUCCAGGAUGCAACCUUAUCCUUCAGGUGAGUUAUGUGUGUCCUGGGAUGUUUCUUUGUCCUUAAAUAUGGCAAUUAACAAUAAUGCAAAAAAACAAAAAACAAAACAAAACCCCAGCACAUCAGGCAGCGUGUGAUAUUAGAAAGGUCUGCGGAAUUAGUUGGCGCUAUAUAAAUACCAAUAAUAAUAAUAAUAAUGUAGCAGUCUGGAUCAGAAUUGGAGUUAACCGUUGCAACUAUUUAAUAAAAUAUCUGCAUAUACCCAAAUGGGCAGGAGAGGAGAAAUGAUUCAAUAUUCAAGAACACCAAUCUAGAUAGCAUCAGUCAUUCCUUUAUACCAUCAACACAUUGUGUACUUACCAAUUCAUAGUGGAUUUCAAAUUCUGGGGCAAAAAAUUGUAACUGACCAAUUUAUUAUUUUUGCCUACAAGUUGAAAUUCAAAUUAUUUGCAGACUCAUUGUUGUUAAAACUCAUGCAUUAUCAAUGUAUAUUGUCGAUAUGUUUAUUGUUAUUACAUUAUAUGUAUAUAUAUUUGAAAAACUCAAUAAAUACUCAAUACUACUAUAGUAUCUAGACUAAACAGUAAAGAUACAGACUCUUCUUCGGUAUAUAAUAUAAACCCAAGACCACUACAAUAGGUCAGAGCAGGUAUCUUCAUCCUAAAAGAAACAAACACAGAGACAUAGUGUUCUCUGUAAACUUUAAUAAAUCUGGACAAACGGUUAAAAACACUUACAGAAGUGCCAGGAAAUCGAGCAUAUCAGUAGAUAUCUUGAAGUCCCAAUGUGUAAGUGGAUCCCAUGCAGAGUUUCAGCUUCUCCUCCAGCUGGCUUGGAAACAGAAUCCGAAGACUUGUAUUCACCGCGGGCGUUCCACUGGAUGGCGGCCUCCGUGUUUUACUGAAGCUCAUUUCGUGUUCCACUGAAGCUCCUUCUGAUAGGUUGUCCAUAGCAAAGUAUCGGUUCAUGUUACAUAACACAUAAUAGUGCAAAGGUAGGUUAGGAUAGCUAAUGAUUUGGUGUAUUAUGUGUGGUGUGUCACCUGGUCUUCAUGGUGUGCAGAGAAUCAUCAGCCGGGCAUGUCACAUAAAUCGUAGUGGGUGAGCACCAGGUAAAAUUAAUGUCGCUAUUUCCAUACGGAGAUGGAUGCUCUUGCGGUGCAUUCAACUGGGCCUUUCCAGGGAUGACUCAAAAGCGGUAACCAGUAUGGAGUAUAUAGGCCACAUGCGGGAUCCUCUCGUACACAAUGUAUGGCCAGACACAACCGCCCUCGAACUAGCAGAGAUCAGACACAGAGAACUUCUACAGUUUUUUUUUUUUUUUAAAGCUCUGUAGCCCUACCUAGUUUAAUAUUUGUUGAAAUUCAUGAAGCACGCGUACUGAAUAUUCAAAGUAAUAAUCUCCUGAUUUUAGUUAUAGAAUGGGCAAGACUUCAGAAGUCGCUGCAUUUGGCGACCGUUUAUUCAGGUAGCUUCAUUUAUAUGUGAGUAACUAACACUUUCCAAAAAUCUCUCUUUUUAUUAUAGAAAUAUAUGGAGCACGUGAAUGGUGCAGCAAAUCAGAAAUGGUGUUAUAUUCCCGAUAUGAAGGUACUGGGCGCCUUUCACAGUGAUCAGCUGGACAAAGAGAUCACGGCAGCCAAUCAAGCUUCAGUAUGCACAUUCACAGUAGCCAAUGCGGCGGCAUUAAGUCAACCGGUAAGUUAUUUCCUAUAUUUAUGAAAGUCUUCUGUUCAUUCACAUUUGGAGUAUCUUUCACUGUAAGUUUUAUUCACAGAAGUGUCAACUGUUUCAGAACGAGUUUAGAGUAAGUUUCCAGAAUUUUAACUGUACUUUCAAUGUAAUCAUUUACUCCAAACCCCUAAAUAGAGAGGGAAAACAGAUCUACAGUAGGGAUGCAGGACUGUCCCUUUAACGAUGGACCAUUCAGUCCCACAAUAAAUCACUUUCUGGUAUUCCUCGGAUACAAUACUGUCUGCAAAUAUUAGCGCUUUCUUUUUAUUAGUAUUUUUUAUUCACAAAACAGGGAAUUGCAAACUUAGGCUAAAACAACUAAAUUGGAAAUUUUCUUUAACCCAGUUAUUGUUCUGUUUUAUCUCAUGGGCCUUAAAUUUGCAAUUGUCCAUUUACUGAAUAAAACCUUGCAUUUUAUUUGUAAAUCUGAAAUUCGGGUAAGCAUUAUAAGCAAUAUGUCAAGUUCUUCAGAAUAUGCCAUGAUUUUAAUUAUGUUUUGAUGAGAUGAUAAUUGCGUUUACCUGAAAAGAUGUUUAUUUGGUUUUACAGGGAUAUGCUUUCUUGUCCUCUAAUGGCAAGGAGAAAGUCAUGACGUGUUUAUCCUGUGCAAGGACUAUGCGUGGUCACAGAGAAAUGAUGAAAGUUCCAGCCGGUAACUUGUUUUUUUGUGCAUCUGGACAGAAAAAUUCUAAACUAAGCCCGACGGGUCCUUUUAAAUGCCUACAUGUGUCAAAGGUAAUAUAAUGCGCACUGUUCAGUAACGUAGCCUUUAACAUAUUGGAGCAAAAUAAACCUGUUUAUUAUAUAUAAAUACCACCUGAUGUUCUUAAUUUUGUGGGAGGGGGAUUCUACAAUUAUAAUUUAUAUCAUUUAUAUUUAGAUACAAUAGAUAUACAGAGUCACGGAGAUAACUUCCAAGCAAUGUCAACUUAGAAUUUCAUCCUUUCAAGGUCAAUACAAAUAGUACAAUCAAGUAAUCUAGACCACUGUACUUUUCUGCUUAUUUAGUUGAUAUUAAAAGAACAGUCUAAGCACCAUUAAAUUGUGGACAAUGUUGAUAAAAUAUGUUUUUGAGCAGUUUGACGAAAACCUGGAGUCCUGGAGGCACCCGUGGCCUGACGCCAUCGAUUUUAUCCACGGCUUAAAGCUGAAUUCUGAUGUAGCCAAAUCCAGAAUACGCAACAUAAAUCAGUGAAUAUGUUAUGGAUACUGUUCAUGUUUAUAACUCUUGCUAUGCCUACACAGACUGACCUCUCAACAUCAGAAGCAGAAAAUACCCUGAGCUGUUUGGAAGAGAUGAUUUCAACCAUGAUUUUCGAGCGAUCUACACAGACUAUUGCCCACAAGUUAUCAACUGCUGUUAAUCAGAGAGUGCUUAAGAUAAAAGCUUACAGAAAUGGUUCUGGAUUCAAGAACGGGAGAUUGAUAAUUGCUACUUCAUUUCCAAUGGUAAGUACAGAUGAAAUAAUACUGACACAUGUUAAUUCACAGAGGACGGGGAGGAACAUUGAAAAUUACUAUUAAGGCCAACAAUGGAAGGGAAAAGGGGGACUCUGGUUGAUGGACAUAUAGAUGUCUUUCUAAAAACAGUAGAAGACACCAUACCAUACAGCAAACAUUUGUACUUUAAAUUGACACUCCUGUCUGGAGCUGACAUCACUUUUUUAAAACUAUUAUGGAAAGAAGAAAUUUAAAAAUAUGUAAAAAUGUUUAAAAAAAAGCUACCCACGUGAAUUAAUUUAGUUUCACUGGAAAUCUGUAGCUUCUAUAGUGUCUGUAAUUUCUCAUCCAGUCCUUAGGCUACUAUUUAAGCAGGAAUUAUGUAAUAUGGCGCUCACCAAGUUAACAGCAGUUUGUCAUGAAACCAACUGUGCAAUGAACCUUCUAUGAAAGAGUAACAUUUAUUAAACCAUUCAUCAUGAGGGACCCCAUACAAGUCAUGUCAUUCUUUAGGACUGGAGGAUAGCUUUCCCCUGAGGUGUUAGACAUGGGAUGGGGGUGCAGAAGGGUGGGCAUAUAGUGAAUAUUGGAAAUCACUGCAUUUAUAAGGAACAUGAAUAAGCAUGGCAGAUAGAUCGGAUGUAAUUAUGUAAAUUGUUACUUUGCUGUAAGUACCCUUUUAGGUAAAUGUAACAUUCACAAUCUAAACACUAUAUAUAUAUAUAUGCAAAUGUGGAUACGGGUUCUGUUUAAUCCGAGAUGUUUAACUGUUUAUAUACCUGUUAUCUAUACAGCUUCUCACCAUGUGUACAAAGGAGCUGGAGCUGCCCAGACACGCUUCCAGGCUCUAUUCUUCUGACGGCACUGUCAUUCUAACAUGGGAAGGACUCAUAGUCUCUGCUAUGAACGAGUUCUUUAAACAGAAUGAGGAUCCAGCACAACAUGGACCAAGAAGCAGUGAUACCCAGAAAGGUCUUUGCACGUCGUUUAUUUCUAGUGUUACUUAAUGUAUUUGCAAAAAUGUUUGAAAACUGCAGUAAAUGUCCAUAAUCCCUCUAUUCAGAGUUAGAAUUUAUAGUUUUAAAAGAACACUAUAUGGUCAGGAAUACAAAUGUGUAUUCCUGACCCUAUAUUGUUAGACAAGCUGUUGUUGUUGUGGUGACUAUAGUGUCCCUUUAAGUAUAAAAUGUUUAUUAACUAAACAGCAAAUAUUGGUGAACUGAAAAACGAACUGCCAACUUGGAAUAAGCCAAGUUCAGCUAUAUUACCAACUUGGCUAUCUUUGUCUAACAUUUAUAUAUAUAUAUAUAUAUAUAUAUAUAAUUAUUAUUUUUUAAUGUCAAAUCAAUCAAUUCCUUUUUCCCACGAUUGCAGUGGCAUCAAGUGAAAUGAAAGCAGGACAUUUUCAGGGUUAUUUGCUACAGUUUGAAUUAUUGGGAACUCAAAGUCAUUUUCACAUUUUAGGUCAAAAUAGUCUGUUUUUGCCUAAAAUAUGAAAUUGACUUGAAUUUCUAUUGACACUGUAUGGAAUAAUCCUGUUUACAUUGUAGCAAUGCCCCAUAGAGUGUAUCCAGGUACAUGGUUAGAGACUACUUACUCUACAAUCCCGGUUGCCAUUACCAUUUUCUGCCCAGACAGUUCAUGCCACCCGUGUGCAGGCAGAACCUUGGUCAAAAUGUGAGUCAACUGUUCAGCUGUUAAAAACCAAAUUAGCCUUGCUUUUUUCAUACAAUCUUAUAUAUAUUUGCAGAUACACAGCCAAUGCAGGACAAAUCUAAACCAAUCAUGGUUACUCCUGAAGACCUAAAUAUUAUAGAUGAAGAUCUGCUGGCAUUCACUCUCCGAAAUCCUAUCGAAGUCUGGGUGUCUUGUGGCGAGCCAUUCUUAUCUUUCAAUGGUAAAAAGAGGAAAAAAAUUAAAUGUUUAUGUAUUUCAAAUAAAAUGGCUCCUGUCAGUUAGGACACUUGUGUUUGUUGACGUAAUGGUAAAUCAUAUCCUAACAUUAGAUAAAUAACAACAUGGCGGGGUCAUUUAGGAAUCGACCAAUAUAAUUUUUCCGGAGCCGAUAUCGAUAUCGCUGAUAACUGGUGCCGAUAUUCUGUACAUUUAAAAUUUUAAAAAAGUAACACAAUUUUUACAUACAUCUGGCAUUAACUGAACAUGCUGACAGCAAUCACGAUCCUACCACUUUCAGGCAGCCAGUACAUACUGGGAUAAGUGAGGUCCCAGCAUGUACACUGCUGUUAGUGAUAGGAAUUUGAUUGCUGUCAUAUUACUCUCAGGCGGCCAGUACAUGCUGGGAUACAGUGCUGUUACUGAUGGGCAGGCCCGGACUUGCCAUCGGGCACACCGGGCAAAUGCCAGGUGGGCCGCAAUGGCCAUGGGCCGAGGCCGGCAGGGGAGAUCACAGGAUCUCCCCGGCCGUCCCCUGCAGGUCCAGCGCUACCCGACGCCGACCCUGCUGUGUGCCUUCAUGGGCCGGUGGGGAGAUCAAAGAUCUCCCUCACCGGCCCACAGGCAGUGUUACACUGCUAUGCUGGCUGGGGAGUGAGUGAGGGAGGCAGGAGAGAGGACCCGGUGGCGCUCUAACCAGCAGCAACGCUCAGAUCUCGCAAGAGUGAACUCUAGCCUGUAGGACCACCAGUGAAGGCAGCACCCUCCAUGGCAGCACGGCACCCCCAGACACACACAGCACCCAGACACACACAGCACCCAGACACACACAGCACCCCCAGACACACACAGCGCACCCAGACACACAGCACACCCACACACACAGCGCCCCCAGACACACACAGCACCCUCAGACACAGCACCCUCAGACACAGCACUAUCAGACACACACAGCACCCACAGACACACACAGCACCCAAACACACACAGCACCCAAACACACACAGCAUCCCCAGACACACACAUCACCCCAGACACACACAGCAACCUCAGACACACACAGCACCCUCAGACAGACGGCACCCUUGCUCACACACACAGCACACUUCAACACAUAUACAGCACACACACACACAUCUAUAUAUAUAUAUAUAUAUAUAUAGAUAUACAUAUCUAUAUAUAUAUAUAUAUAAUAUAUAAAAUAACCCUCAGUGAGUUAACAGACAAAGAAAAUUAGAAACCUAGAAUGUGACAGCAGAUAAAAACACCCUCACACACAGCACCCCUCUUACAUACACACACACUGCGCCCCUCACACAUACAAUACGUCCAAAUAUAUAUAUAUAUAUAUAUACACACUACAGCACCCCUCACACUGCACCACUACACACAUUACGUUCCAGAUACACGCUAGAUCCCUUACCCUAUAUGCACUCUUAAUCCUCUACACACACACACACAAUCUCCUAUACACACUCUGGGUCCUUUACACACUAGAUCUCCUACACACACACACUGCACCACCUACACAUACUACAUUCCUUGUCAGCAAACACAUACAACAUUCUCUAAACACACCCUCUCUACAACCCCUACACACACUACGUCACCUAUACACACACACUACAGCCCAUAUGCACACACUCGCUACAUCCCCUAUAACACUAUGCCCCCUAUACACGCACUCUCAACAGUCCCUAGCCACACAUAUUACACCAAAAACACAAAUUAAAUUGACCUAUUUACACAAUACCACACCACACUCUACACACACGCAAUCCCACAAGCAGGCGCCAAACAUAUGCAACAUACACUUUCCUGUCCCUUUUGUCCUCUGGUAUCCCACUUGUGGAGACACCAGAGACAAUUUAAAAGCAAACACAGCGCAAGCUUGUUAUUACAUUUGCUUGCGCUGCGCAGAACAAAUAUAGGGCCUUUUUCUAAUGUCAGAGCUCUUCAGCGGGGCUCUGCACAUUGAACCAACAUGUUCACUUUGAGAGGGGGCGUGCUUGUCAUUAGUGAUGACAAAACACACCCUCUCUGGCCCCGCCCCCUUCUUGGGGGGCCGCUCUAAUUGAAAAAUGCCCGGGCCUAAUUUUUUUCCCAGUCCGGCCCUGCUGAUGGGAGUGUGCUUGCUGACAACAAUCACACUCCUAUCACCUUCAGCCGGUUCAGUACUGUGUUUGGCAGAUUACUUACUAAAUAUAAUUUCACCCAUACAUUGCUAUGUUGUUUUCAAUUGCCUAUUAAUUAGUACACACAUUAAAGGUUAUUUAGAUUAUUUUUUUUUUUAAUUAUCUUUACACUCAUGACAAACAGCAAAUCAUGUAUUGUACACAGGGCCUGCUUUGUUUGUUUAUCCCCUUAAGGACACAUGACAUGUGUGACAUGUCAUGAUUCCCUUUUAUUUCAGAAGUUUGGUCCUUAAGGGGUAAAAGGGACACUGUAGACACCCAGACACUCAUUAAAGUUGUCUGGGUGCACAGUCCCAGGUCCUUUAGCCCUACAAAGGUAAUUAUUGCAGUUUUUAAGAAACUGCCUCAAUAAUUACCUGUCACAGUUAAUUCCACCUUUAGUGGGUGUCUAUAUAUAUAGAUACAUCCAAACAUCUUAUUUAUAUAUAAAUAAUGUACCUGCUACAGAGCCAAUGUAUCCCAUUUUAGCCUGGUCUUAUGAGAUUAACCCACUUAUUUUGGAAAUCCUUCCCUCUAGGGCUCUCUGCAAGUUGUGUGUGUAUGUGUGUUUGUGUGUGUGUGUCUCAUUUAUUUCAAAGGGCUGACUGCCUUAUUGCAUGUUGUGAAAUGUCACAACCUCAUGGCAUGUGAUCCCCGCUAAUAGACCAGAGAGGGUCGGUACUGAAAUGGUUAAAAUGAUGACUCGGAGCUGCAGCUAUAGAUGAUUUGUAUUAUCCGAGGUAAAACACAUGUCUCUCUCAUUAAAGCUUUACAGAGAUCACAAAAGCUCGACAAAUUACUCUGGCUACAAAAGGAGAGAAUUCGGACUGACCUGAAUGGGAUGAAGCAUAAAAUGAGGCACUUACAAGGUAAUCCCAUUGCAAGGAUUGUCCUGAUAAUGGAGUGCGAUUGGACGGACGAAUCCUGCUGGGGGGAAAUUGGAAACUUUCAAUAUCACUGUGAGCUUGUUUAAUAGUGAGCCUAGCGCUAGAUUAAAUUAGUUCGUAUAGAGUCAAAUGUGAUCGCUAAGUCUGGUACUCCAGAAGUGCGUAAACUACAUUUCCAAUUGUGUAUCAGCCAUCUUUAAUUAAAAUGUAGUUCCAAACAUCUUGGUUGUCAUGGUUACCCAACAAUGAACUUUGGUCAUACUCUGGCCCCCACUCAUCAAUGUCUGUGAACGUGAUCAGUCCAAUAGGAAGAUUCAAUGUAGCAAUUAGCAUUUCUAGUAAUUAAUUGCUGUUAUGCCAUAUGGAAACCACACCUUGCCCAGAAUUAAUUAUGUCCUUAAUUAGUUACUAAUUGUCCUUCCAGCCAAUCACAAUGUACGUGAGGGAUAGACAGAGAAUGUACUGGGGACAUAACUGCUCCCUAGCCUGAUCCAAUUACUAAGCGCAGAAUGUUUGUUUGAAGACAGAUUUUUAUAGACUUACAGGGUUAUUUACUAAAGGAAAAUUCAAAGUGAAUUUUAAAUUUAAGGCCACGGUAGCCAAACUGAAAGCACAGAAUAGAAUUUUUCCAGUUUGGAUAUUUUGAAUUCAAAGCUAAGUCAUAUGUGUUGGGUCUGUUAAACAGACUCUUUGCCUAAUGCAGGGGUUCUCAACGUUAGUCCUCAGGACCCCCUACCAGUCCAGGGUUUAGGGAUUACCUGGGUGUGUUUAAGGUGUUUUAAAAAAGGAAAAAAAAACACCUAAACACCUUAGACACACCCAGGUAAUCCCCAAAUCCUGGACUGGUAGGGGGUCCCGAGGACUGGGUUGAGAACCCCUGGCCUAACGAGAGACUAAAUAAUAGAUACAGGGGCCUACAGUGUUACUCACUAAGGUGGAACUUUUGGGGAAUUUACAUUGAUUUCAAGAUUAAUUUGUAAGUCAAACUAUGCAAACUGAGAACAGAGUUGUGCUGGGAAAACAAAAAUCUAAAAUUUGACUAUUUUGGUUACCAAUUUGAAUUCCCUGCAAUGCACACUUUAAUUAAUUAUCCUGCCAGAGGUUUUUUAUUUAUUUCUUAAGAACUAUGGGUCUAUUUCUGCAUUAAUGUAACUGUCAGAAUCGUGAUACAUUUUCAUGCCAUGUGUAUUAAUAAUACACAUAUUAUUUCAAAUUAUUUAAUAUUUUUGGAUAAACUUUUUUUUUUAAAUCUAAAUAUUAAAAUAUCAAAAAUGUAUCAUAUUUAAAAAUAAACCAAUAUAUAUAAAAAAAAUAUAAAAAUAUUUUCAAAAUCUUGAUUCAAUUGAAAAGUGUAUCCAAAAAUAUUAAAUCGAGGUCCAAGUGAAAUGUAGAAUUGAGAACAAUACAAAUUCAGUGUAACUUUUUACUGUUUCUACUUGAAUGGCUUUGCAUCACCUGGGACAACUGACGUAAGGUAUGAUUAUUAAGGUGAACGGAUAGAUUUUUAGGGGUAGAACUAAAAAAAACUGCGAUUUUAUCCAUUCACCCAGAGGCCACGUUAACAUGACCAUUCACUUUAAUAUUCUGCAUGUUAACCCGUGACCUGUGAGUCUACCCUUUUACUACAAUAAUAAAAUAUAUCCUAUUCUAGUGGUUUACAAACUAGUCUUCGAGACAUGCCUAUUAGUGCAGGAUUUAUGGAUUACCCAGUUGUGCCAAGGUGGUGUUUUUUUUUUUUUUGGUUUUUUUUUAAAAACACCAUAGACACAACUGGGCAAUCCCUAAAUCCUGGACUGGUAGGAUUGCAUUGAGGACUCCAAGACUGAAAAAUCACUCUGUCUGAAAUUGGGGCAAAUCCCUGAGAUCUCUUAGAUGAAGCUGUGGUACAGCCAUAAUUAUAAAAUGACAUACCUUUGCCAUUUUCAACCGGACUUUAAAAGUAUAAGUAUGCUCUUGGUAUAAGAACCAACUCCAAAACACCCACUUUCUGAUGAACAUAAAAUAGAUAUUUCUAUGGAAACAUAAAGUUCAAUCUAUAAACAUAAAUAUCAUUCAUAUAACAUCACAUUUCUAUAUUGCAGCCAAAUAUAAUUCCUUCCUUUACUAUGACUUCAAAAUGUUAUUCAUACCCCAUAGUUGUAGAACAUUCCUGGAUUUAUUUUUCGAUAAUGAAUAUAAACUGUGACAAACACUGCCCAUUCUGUUGCUAUUAGUGUCACAUCGAUCAUUGUCCUCAGUCCCCACCAUGUCCUGACACUUCCAGUGUAUUGCUGAUCGAAGCUGAGAUGUGUCACUCUAUUGCCUCUCUGUACUUGUCACUUGUCAUCUUUCAUUUUUUAAAAUGCAUCGUUCCCCUCAGUUAAACAAUGUGUCAGUAAUUUAUAUAUAAAUAAAUAAAUAACAAGUACAAAAUAAGCAGAGAUUGAAAAAAAAAAUGUAAAUGCAAGUGGGGACACAAUAAUGCAUUACCACAAUGUGGCCACUGUGUGGCAGUGUUUCCCUGUGCACCAACUCUGUUUUAGCAAUGUAUUCUUGGCAUGUAAUGUGUGUAUUUAGAAACAAUCCGUCUUUCCAGACAUUUUGACUUUUUCAUUUCACCAAAGUCAAAUUAUUGCAGUUUAGCAAUCAAAUCAUAACUUAUUUAAUAUUUAAUUUCCUCUACUGUGGAAGUUAACAUUUAUAUUAAUGAGAAAAUUAGCAUUGAAUAGUACUGUGGCAUUGUAGUGAUAUUCAGUCUGUUGCAAAAAUUCCCGAAUGACUUCAACAAAAACGAGAACGAAUGAUCUUGUCAUUCCUACUUUGUAUGAAUUGUUUUUCCUUUUUUAUUUUAGGUCGACGAGUAAAAUUUCUAAAUCCUUCCAGUAUAACUCCUACCAGAAAUCCUAUGCAGCCUGUGUUGGUGGAGGGGGGUUGGACUGAAGAAACAGAUGAGGAAAUCAAAUUAAUAAAAACCAUACAAAAUGAGGAGGUUCGUAAUCGUCAUUGUCAUCAGAGAAAGAAUAAUUGGAUAUUUUCUGAUUAAUGUCAGAUACAGUGCAUUUCUUAUUAAUUCACCAAAAUUACAAUACAUGAAAGUAAUGUUUUUCUGUCUCAUCAGUAGAUGGUUAAUUCUACUGGUUAAUUUUCAUGGAUACCCCAAAUACCCAGAAUUCACAGGAUAUCAGUGCAAUCAGGGACAAUUUAAAGCGGCAAUCAAGCACAUGUUUUCUUUGAAUGCAGGUGUCAAAGCAUAAUUUUAAAUCCAUGAUUUACUACAGGGGUUCCCAAUUAAUUUUUACAGUGGAAUUCUUUGGCAUAGUGUAUCAAUACUGUGGACACCCGCCUCUCCCCGAGUAAAAAAAAUAAAUUUGUGCCGUUGCAUAAACCUUUUUUUGUAUGUGUCAAGGUGUGUGUAUCUGUGUUUGUGUGUAUCUGUGUGUGUAUGUAUUUGACACACAAAUACACACACACUGGCACAUAGUGGCAUUCAGAUACACACUUUGACACACAGUGUGUAUCUGUGUGUGUGUGUGUAUGUAUCUGUGUCAAGGUGUGUGUAUCUGUGUGUCAAAGUGUGUUUAUCUGUGUUUGUAUGUGCUGGUGUGUAUCUGUGUAUCAAGGUGUGCAUAUCUGUGUUUGUGUCAGUCUGUAUGAAUCUGACACACAGAUGUUGGCACAUAAUGGCACACAGAUACACACACCUUGACACGCAGUGUGUGUGUGUGUGUGUGUGUAUCUGUGUUUAUGUGUGUAUCUGUGUAUGCAUGUAUCUGACACACAGAUACACACACCUUGACACACAGAUACACACACUUAGGUACACAUACACACACUCAGAAGCACACAGUGACACAUACACACAUCUUGACUCACAAAUACACACACACACUCAGAUACACACACUGACAUACACACAUAGGCACAUACAAACACACUGAUAUACAUUGGCACAUACACACCUUGACACACAGAUACACACACUGGCACAAUCAGUGACACAUACACACUGACACAUACACACACAGACACAAUAUGACAUACAUCAGAGCCACCCUCCUGUAAACUUACCUUGUGUGUCCAGGACGGUGGUCCUGGUGAUGUUGGCUGAGGCUGAUGGGAGUAAGCCGCUGCGUGCUCACUUCAGCCUCUCCUCUGCCAUCUAAGCUGCUCACUCUCUGGGUGGCUGUCUCCUGCCUCCUCCCUCCUUAUCGCGCGGCAGCACUGCAGCAACUCUGUGUAGCUGUGAAGAAGUGCUAUCACUUCCUUCCAGUCAGCCGAUACUAAAGGGGCCCGGUCAUGCUCUUAAACGGCUUUGGCACCUGACCGGGCCCCUGAUUUUGCGAUAAAAUUGCGGCAGCCAUUUUGUUUGGGGAAAUCACGGUGGAACCCUAUUUGUGUUGUCGCGGAACCCCAGGGUUCCGCAGAACACCAACUAGGAAACGGUAAUGUACAGGGUAUUUCAUGAAUUUUGAUAAUAAUACAAGCAUUUGUUUCUCAUGUGGCUGUCUAUUGAAAAUUAGUAGUUUGGUGCAGUUACUGGCAGCCCUGUUUCUUUAUUUUAAACUGUGUUUCCAGUCUGAUAUUUGCCCUUCUGUUAUCAGUAACUAUAAAGUAUAAGGAUGCAGUGUGCUUGGAGAUCUGUACAGUGAAGGCACACAUCUCUCCUGCUCUUGUAACUUACCCCCAGACGAGAAAUUGGAUGUGGAAAACCUUCUAGUGUCCCCAUUGCUUGGCGCACAUCACCAUAACCAUUUGCAACUGUUGAAGGUUUACUUGCCCAGAGCGUUAAGGUACUACUUUUCUAAAACAAAGCAUCAUGGUACUUGUAGUUUCAAAAAUAGCUGGUGAGCAUCAUGUUGGGCAACACUACUGUAGAGGAAGUAUAGCUACCAUGAUGCUUUGCUAUAGGCUUUGUAGCUUGGGUACAGCUGUAAGUCUACGUACCAGAUUCUUAAUUAGGAUUAUAUAUAUAGUGUAUCAACUCUCCCCCGAGUAAAAAAUAAAUACAUUUGUGCCGUUGCAUAAACCUUUUUUUGUAUGUGUCAAGGUGUGUGUAUCUGUGUUUGUGUGUGUGUCAAGGUGUGUGUAACUGUGUGUCUACUUGGCACUCAUCCUUCUCGUUAAUCCAAUUGUUAUCCGCCUUGGUGCAAUCCCGUGUUAAUAUAGAUGUAAGGAGAAGUUUUAAAGUUGCAUAAUUCACAAAGAGUCAGAACGUUUGAUGAUCGACGUCCAUGAAUGUUGAUCAUUACAUUUUUUGUGAAUUAUGCAACUUUAAAAUAAAAAACACUAUUUCUACACGGAAGAGACCUGUGAGUGCACCCUCUUUCCUUAUUAUAUAUAUAUAUAUAUAUAUAUAUAUAUAUAUAUAUAUAUAUACAUAUAUAUAUAUAUAUAUAUAUAUAUAAAAAUACACAAUCCAGCGCACUCGCUUAGUCACUAAACAAUGAUUUCAAAUCUUACAUAUUGUAAUAGUUUUAUUUAAAAACACCUCACCUAGGCAUAUAUUUAUAUAUAUACUACCAAAUCAUGCUAAAUCUUUAUUGAUCUGUAAUCAGUUAAAUUUGUAAUUGGGAUUUCUUUUCCUUUUUAAUGUUUUGCCUUUUAGAAGCACCUCUCAGAAAUCCAAGCCGCUCAACUACACAGACACGCCAUCUCGGGAACUGUGAAAGAAGCCAGUCAGAAAGCACUUUACAACUGUCCAACUUCGAAACGAGUCUUGGUUUAUUUAAAUGGUGGCAACCCUGAACAAGCAGUUUUUGCUUGGGGCAAAACUUUAGAAGAGGUAAGAGUUUGUCCUUGGAUCCUUCAAAAUGCAUUGAUAUCUUUGAGCAGACUAUGUGUUUGUACGCGAUUUAACAUUGCCAGUUUAGAGACUGUGUGUACGGAUUAACAUUACUUUGGGCUAAGAACUUGUGAUAACAACUCCCAGGAAUGUUAUUGUUGGAAUAACUGCAGUGGACAUGUGCUUUUACAAAUUAGUUGGUUACAGGAGAUCUAUGGUGCAAAGGCUAAAAGUACAACAAAAAUUAUUACAGAAAUAUGGAAUAAAAUGAAAAAAAUUGGCUGACGUGUGGAGUUCAGAGAGUUGUGAUGGAUAAAACAAUCUAACAUUAAAUAUUUCUAGACCCCCAGAGAUCAGAAUUUGGUUUAAUCUGUAUAUUUGGAUUUUGGACCUUUGCACUUGGUAAUCAGAUUUUUCCUGAACUUUUGGCCCAGGAUAUUUUAGUUGAAAUAUCACCAAGAAGUAUUUUCCCAAAUCGCCUUGUAAUAAUUCUUAUUUGCUGCACAUGUGGGGUAGUGUCACCAGCACUUUGCACAAGCGCAGCCUUGGCUAGCUUACAUGGCUUCCUGUGAACGUGCCAUGACUGCCGGCUGGGAUGAGGAACACACUUUCAGUGAUAGACUUACAGCAGUUACCAAUGUCAGGAAUAGCUAAAUUGCACUUACAGUUGGCGUGGAUUUAGUUUGUGGAGCACUCCUGUGAAUGGUGUCUUUGGUGCCCCACCAUUACUGCACUGUAUGUGCCUGGAUUCACUGAGGACAAAAUAGUUAAUCUUUUAAUACUAAAUUUGGCAGUCAGCAAACAUUUACAAGAAAGUCGCUAAAUUUACAGUGCUCUCAAUUGCACAAGGGCCUUGAAUUAAACUUAAAUUGGAGCCCCAUCGAGAUGGUCCCCAUUUAUCCUGGACAGAGCCCUCAGGUGGUGCAGGCUAGCUUAGUAACUGCAUAGAUAUGAAGUGCCAAACAGUUCCUAAAUUAGGACAGAAAAGAAAAGCAGAAAUUCCAUUACAUCAUUUCUUUACGUAAUUUACCAACUCGUGGCCAGUUUUGGCUUUUUUUAUUAUUAUUAUAUUUUUUUUAAAUAAAGCAAACUGAAAACCAGGCAUUUCCUAAGGGCACCCAUUUUUAAUCUUUCUAUCGAAUGCAGAGAUUUCUCCUGCUAAUAUUUUUACUGAUAUCGAUACUUAGUGAAAAUACCCAGAUGGCAAUUUCUGCUCAGACAUUUCCCCAAAUUGUAAUUGUUGUAACCUCUGAUGAGUGGUAAAUUAUUGCUUAUCCAUGCUGCCUGUCAAAGGACAGAUAACAUUUAGGAAUGAUAGAAAUAAAAUAUAUUUCCAUUUGAUUUUAGUAAAUGAAAUACAGUUCAUCUGGUCAUUUAAUAAUGGAAAUGCAUGAUAUAUAAUAUUAAUCUUGUGAAACCAAUAUUGUAGCUGCUGGACAAUUGCACUGCCAGACUGAUUAUGCAGCCUCACCCGGCGGCAGCGCUGUUUACAUCAAACGGUGAGAAGGUGACGUCAUGGAGUGACAUAGAAAAGGAUAUGCUUUUGUGCGUUUCUGCAGGAGAGAAAUUUGUGAGCAAAGCCGGUAAUUGUCCUCCUUUAUUGUCUCUUAGUGUGGUGCAUGUGAGAAGUAUGUGUAGUACAAUGUAAUAUCAUUUUCAUUAAGCGAAUAUUUACGGAAGUAAAACAACAGGAUGUAUAUAGGUGCUCAAUAUCAGACAGACAAUGGCAGUAAAUUACCAACAAGGGGUUCUCUCACCCUUGUGAAAUAUGUAGCAAGAUAAAAAAAUAGAAUAUACAUACGAUAUAAGGGCAAUUACUAGUAAAUAAAUAUAUGAAAAAUAAGACAAAUUAUGGUGCAGUACAGUAAAUAAGUUAAGACGAAUAUGAAUAAGUCAAGUGUAAACUCACACUUUUUAGAGCUGUACCAGCUCUAUUAAGCAGUCUUGUACGGAAUAAUCCCCGUCUAUGGAUAUAUGUUUAGAGUAUUCUCAGCUUGAUUCCAAAAUUAUGGAGACAUUAAGAAAACACAGGAAUAAAGUCAAAUGGUAUGGUACAUAAACUACAGUGAUAUAACUGGAGGAAAUAAUCCUACUUACGUAAGCCACAGCAAUGUCCUGCUCUGGUGUGAAGAGCGUGAGGUGGAACAAUCCCCACCCAGGGAUAUAUGAAGAAACCGGAUAAGUUGUAGCAGCUGUAUGGAUGGUUACCUCACAGAUAGGUAUGUUUAAAAAGUACUUUAUUUCUAAAAGAAAAGGCUGAACAUAACUGCUAUUAAAAUGUAUUAUAAAAACAGUUCUGUGGGUAAAUAAAAUUAACAAGUCCUCACUUUAUGCGCUUCGCCAAAGCUUUAUCAAAAUGGAUGCUGCUCUUUUGAAGGACAGCUUUUUGAAUGUUCCCGGGUUAUAAUGUGCAAGUUCCGGUGUUUAUACAGCUAUUUCCGGUUUUCGGUGAAUUGGUGAUGUAAGUUUCGGUUCCUGAGUUGAAAGAUAGUCAUACAUCACUCGGAAGUGAUAUAUGGGGAAGUAAUGCGGCGCCAUUUUGGAUGAGGGCAAUAGUCCAGUGUGUACAUAUAGCAUUGCUGCAGAGGGCACAUAUCUAUUAAAAGGGGCUGUAUAUAAUUCAUAUAUAAAUAAAUGUAUUUUAAUUCAUAGUAGGUCAUAUUUUUUAUAUGUAAUAGUUAUUUAAUUGGCAUAAUAAGUGAGUGGUUAUAUUAUGAAAAAGAUCGGAAUGAUCUAUAAAAUCUUUAACAUGAUUAAAUGAUGUUCUUCUUGGUUCUAGCGUUACUACCGGCCACUGAUCUGACUGUGUAAUAAUUACUGUGUUACAGCCAGCAGACGUACGAUACAGGUGAAAGCAAACUACGCACGGAUCAGGAGGAAGUACGGUCCUGAAGCCACCGAUGUCAUAUUGUCACCCAAAUGCAUGGAUUGUGAGGCAAGGAAAAUCUAAUUAAAUAACAAGGGAACGUGGAAGUUUUUACACAUGAAAUAACAUUUUCAAAACGUAUAUUAUUCACUGAAAGUAUAUUGUUUUAGCGUAGUUAAAAAUAAAUAAAAAAUUGUGGGAGGGAUGUCUGGGGCAGCACCGACCGACCAUGUUUUUCUGCUCGCACAUGACUUCCAUAUGCGGAUGGAUUCAUAAAAUGUGCUGCAUUGAAGUAUGCAGAAUUCACAUGCUGCAGGAUAAAAGUCAGUUAUUAAAGGGCCACUCUAAGCACUGAAAAAACCACAGCAUGUUGCAGUUGUUAUGGUGCAGAGACUGUGGGAGACACCUCGACAGUUUUACAAAAAUCAGGGUUCUCUCAGUGGCUACUGCUGGCUCCGCAUCGCCCCUUGACUUGUAGAAAACAUUAGCUUGUUAAGCGUUGGGUGAAAAUCACAGGCUGAGUGCGCUGGAGAUGGGUUAACCAAGCACUUUCAGACUAUCAUGCAAAGCAAUUCACUGUAUUCUCUUCUGCAACGCAGGAAUGCUACAUACUACACCGCUGUACUAUCCAUCAGCAUGAAGAAACAGCACAAACCCAGGAAAGCCAAAACAAAUCUGGAAACCUACCACUAUAACAACGUCACAAUUAUUUUAGGGUUCACCCCUUCACUAGAAAACCACUCCCACCUAAUUCUGUUCUAGCCACUAAACCCACAUUUAUAACCCCCCUCCAGCCCUACAAAUUGUUCUGUCGUCCAGUGUCAUCUGCAGCCAUAACAAGCCCAUCCGUGCAAAUAAAUAAUAAUAAAAGACGCUCGUAUUUCAGUCCGCUAAAGGCAUAUCUCCGUGAUAUGACAAGAUAGCUCAGCGCCAUGGUCAGCAUAAGUAAAGACCUUUUUUAUAACACUUAUAAAAUUAUAUCACACAUUCACAAGAACAAAAUUAGAUUUCAUAGCCUGUGCCAGACCUUGAAUAUAAAUUCAGCCUGGAAGCGAUGAAUUUAAAAAUGUUAUUAGUUAAUACCGUGCAUUUUAUUACUUCUCUCUUUCUAAUGUGACUGACUCUUGACUGAAACUCAUCUCUCUUUGUACAGGUCUCUGUCUGUCAGAGAGACGCGGACGCAGACGAGGAAGGAAAUGAAUUGACAUUUCAGAAGUGUUUGACCUAAAUGGGUUAUACACUUAUGUACAAUUAUUACAGAGAAUCCGAAGCUUUCUAUAUUUCAGUUUAACCUCACUCUGUAAAAAAAAAUAAUAAUAACUGUGCUCUUGCAGGAAAUAAAAAAAAAAGAGCUCAGACGGCAACAAAAAAAAAAGGUGUGAUCUAUUUAUGUGAUUGUAAAUGUGACUCUUUAAAUGAGACCUUUAAACCCUGGGCAGACCGCUUUAUUUUAUGUUUUAUUGAUGAAAAAAUGCUUGGUCGGUUGAGUAAUUAAUAAAUAAUAUAAAGUCUUGUCAUCAGGCAGAGAGGUGCUUCAUGUCACCGCGAGGUGGUAAAAGUAAUAGGAGAUGAAAAGUCGGAAAGUGGAGUGUCAAGCCAUAUAUCCUUAUUUUAUAUCUUUGUCUGUUCCGCAGUAAGGCAAUUUAAAACGGCUAAAGCUUAUGAAUUGGCUGUAAUUUUCAAGUGCCAAUAUCUUUUAGCAGCGCGAUUCACACGCGAUAUAAUUAAUACAAGGCAGUUAGACUAAGCCUGGCAUGGUAGCACAUAUGGCACUAGAGCAAUUUCCUGUCUGGUAAACAGGUUUUUAUCUCAAGAUAGAGAUAGGUCAAAUUUAACUCCCGCAGUUUGUAUUCUGAUGAUACAUUUUAGCAGGAGUGGAUGGGAUCUCCAGUUCUUGGUUUUCAAUAAAGUGUGAUUUGUGGGUAAUUAAAAGUAAAUUCUGAAUUUAAAAAAAAAAACACGUUAGGCUGAAAUUCACAAUUCAUACUUUACUGAAUAACCCUGAAAAGUCUCUAACAUAGAAAAAAAUUAUUUACAAUUCUGUUACAAGAAGUUAAUUGAGCUAUGACGUGUGAAGAACCUAUAAAAUCCUGUUCAUUUUGUCAAACUCUGUCAAGGGUUGUGGAUCAAAGCAAAGCAAAGGUACCAUUUCUGAGCUUUUCAGAGCUGUCUGGAGUCUACCUGCAGUUUCUGGGUUUGGAAGGGCCAGAAUUCUGAUUCAAACACCUCAUCUUUAUGUUGCUAAAGUGGCACUCUGUUUAAAUUUUUACCCAUAUAGUUCAUAAACAGAACAAGCCAUUGUUCUAUGCCAUACAUUUCAAUCUAGGUUAGCUCAAGAUAUUGUGCUGAAUGGGUUUAAGAAUUAAAUGGUACCAUAACCACACCUCCGAAGCCACCACUACACAACUACUUUCAAACACCCAGCACUGCAACAUAACAGGAAUCAUAACACAAUGGGGCCUCCGUAUGCCAUAUUCGAGCAUUACUCAGUUAUAGAUAUAGAGAGCAUUUACACUCUACAAUUAAUAACAAUGGCACCUAUGGACAAUCUUAAAAUGAAGAUCCAAACUGAUUACAACUGACCGGCCAUCAGUUUCACCAGGAAAUCUUACAUGCCAAUAGCAAGACAAGACUUUCACAAACGAUUACUAUUAACAGAUUUGCAAUGCAAUCGGCAUUACAGGAACCCCUCUGGCGAUGAAUGGGUUACGCAGAAAGCAACUGCGUCCAUUAAAACCGCAGAGCAACUGAUGAGUUACAUAAAUAUAUCAGUUUAAAAGCUAUUAUAGAAAUCGGUUGCAACUACAAGCAUUUUAAUGGUAAAAUUCUAAGUGAUUCAGCAAGUCUGCAUUCUGUCUGCAUUACUUAUUUUAAUUGACAAUCAUUUUUGUAAUUUGAAUAGCUGAGCUUUAUUGUAUGCGCUGCCCUUGUUUAUUACGAUGGCUGCAGUAAAAAGAUGCAGAGUUUGCUGACAAAGCACAAACAAUUGUAACAAACAAUACAAAACUAAAAGAUAUAUACUUCUUCACUGUGCAUAUAAUUACAUGCACAUAUACAUACAUUACACAGAACAACCUACAUAUCAGGGAAGGAUCCAGCGCACAAACAUGGGAGAGGAACGUACAGGUUUUGUAUUGUGCUGGAUCGAAAAACAUGUUACAUACAGCUCUCAUACAUUAUCAUUGUUGCUGGGCAUUUCUACUUUGUCAUGUCGAGGCUCUGGUUCACUCUACUCCCCCCACUCAUUUCAAGUCUUGCUUUGCUCAUUCUAUGGCACAGAAUUAUUACUCCUCCUUUCUCGCUUUACCCUUCUCAUCUGUCUUAUCUCUCCCUCCCACGUCAUUUUAUCUUCUUUCUUUCUCUUUCCCCACUCACUAUUUCAUCUUCUCCCCCCCACCCCCAUUUUAUCAUAUCUCCUUUCACCUUUUGUUCAUCUCUGCAUUUCUCUCUCUCACCACAAUUACCCCAAAUCCAAGUCUAACCGGUUAUCAUAUUGCUGGUCAAGUGUAUUUACUGUGUCUCUGUGUUUCAGGAGACAUCUCCCAAUACAUUACCUUCUUCUUCUGUGUAUGAUAUAUGUUCAGGAUCAGAGACUGUCUAGCACUGCUCCUGCCUGGGAUUUAAUGGGAUUCAGAAUGUGAGCAGAGUCUGUUCCAUAAGUGGAAGGAUGGAUGUGAUGUCGAUCCCACAGGAAGGAGCAGGAUAGACACUGAGAACCAAAGACUUAUUACUGUUCUAGCAGAUAGGCCACAAAUGUUCAAGGAGGCUUCCUAAAAAACAGUUGUGCAGCCAAUGCACUUGAUCGGCACCAUAAAAAUUGAACAAUCUAUUCAUUACAUACGUGAUACGACCAUCUCCAAAUCCACUACUUAAUUCUUUUAUUGGUUUUCUUAAUUUUUUUUAAAAUACCUUUUUCUUGCAUCUGAACCCCUUCAUGGUAAAGAGUAAAGAAAAUGCCUUAAUAAGCCGAUUGUUCAGGUAAAUCACAAAUGUGUUAAGGAAUACAAAUAUAGAAAUAAUAAUGCUCAUGUGUAAUGAAUAUACAUCCUUUUAUUUUUAUAUACACAGUGCAGACGUGCAGUAUUAGUUUUUUAAUUUGUACAGAGUAGGAUAGAGGGUCUGGAUCUGGCGCUGUUGAUACGGACCAUGUCACAUUGAAGCAUGUGUUAUUACAUUAUACAAAUCUUGCCUAGGAUUUUAUAUUAUAUAUUCAUAUAUUAUGCGUGUACAUCCAACCAUUGAUUGCUUUUUAUUUCAAUCAACGAUGAUUAAAGGUUGCAUGAAUACGGCCAUUACUGCAGACUGGUUAUUUUACUAAUUACUUUACAUAUUCAUUUGGAUUAAAAAAAAGAAAAAAAAGAAAAGAGGAUUGUAGUUUAGCCCCUUAUUAAAAAUAGAACUCUGAUUAUAUUUCUAAUGCCAACAAAAUUGGCAAUUAUACAAACAUUUGUCUGUGUGCAUUUCUGAACAUAUUAUGUAUGUGUGUGUGUGUGUGUGUGUGUAUAUAUAUAUAUUAUGUUUAAUAUAAAUGUGUGUGGGUG